AUGCCAAACUGCCACGUCCCGCUCUCGAAGCGCCCGUCCCAGAUCUGCACCGUCUUCGUCAAGCCGACGAGCGAUCUGCAAGCUCUCCUGCCUUCGCUGAAGAAGACCUUCACCGACUGCUAUGACGAUCCCUACAAGGGGUUCACAGGUGGUCAUUGGGGACUCGCAGAGAACGAACCUAGGUUGGCUUGGUACUUCCUCGGUUGGCAGUCUCGAAAGGCUCAUGACCUAUACGCCGCAACGCCGCUCUUCGACGUUGAGAUCGACAAGCUCACACCACACAUGGCUGGAGGCUGGGCACACUACGUCAAGUUCACCGAGGAGACGAGUUGA